AUGAGCUUCUCGCUCACGUUCUCCGAGCUGGUCAACAUCGCCAUCCCGCAGUGCGGGGUUGUGAACUUCAAGGCGCUGCACCUCCUGCUCCAGGGCAUCUUGGAGCACAUCCACAUGGCUGAGCUCAAGAAAGUCCUCUCAGGAGAUGAAGACUUUCUCCAAACCUCGCCUACUGUGUUCAUGCCCCGGGAAGCAGACGCCCAGCCCAUCCUCAACCCCAUGAAGAGGCUCAGCAAUGUCUUUGACCAUGUCGUGAGCCGCAUAGACAAGAUGGAGAGCCAGCUGGCCACGCUGCAGGACCUCCCUACCACUUCCCAGCUGCUGGAGGGCAGCCAGGGCACAGGCCAGCCCGCUCAGGAUCUAUGGCACCUGAUAAAGCUCCGGAAGAUGGUAGAGGGCAAUGAAGAAGCCACAGCAAAGUCCAUGAAGACUCUGCAGGAUUUGCUUACUGACAUUUAUGCCCUCAAGAUCACCGCUGAAACUCUCAGAAAGGAUGUGGACAAACUGAAGGAAAUAUUUGACAAGAUGAACCCAGAAAGAGUAAAUGAUUUGGCCGAAGACCUGAAAGGACAGAACAGGAAGGUGACUGCGCUGCAGCGGGAUGUGGUUUCUCUCCAGAGCAAAAUCCUCACCAUCCCCAAAGCCGAGGACAUGGUACUCUGGAGCGGCCUCCAUGAGGCCAUGUUCACCCCUGAUUCGGAGCUGUGGAAGUUUGCAGAGCGGCUCCCAGACACCGAGCAGCCCCAGACCCCUAGCAGCUCCCUGGAAGCUGCUGGUCAUGUCCAGAUCUCAGAGGCCAUCCUGCAGCCCAGGUUACUGGAGACUGUCUGGCAUUAUGAGGUCCCAGAGCAGCUGGAGGAGGAGGAAUCUGCCCAAGCUGUUCUACUCGGGGCCGAGGGGCCAGGGCAGCCUCAGGGGCUGGAGCCCCGGUCUGUGCCCACACAGGGGCCGUGGCCUGAGUCUGUUCCUGCACUGGGGCCUGUGCUGGGGCCCAGCCUGACACCUGGGUUCACUGUACCACCUUGGCCUGCCCUUGGAACUGGACCUGCCCCUGGGUCUGGGCCUGGCCCUUCUCCUUGGCCUGCCUCCGGGCCUGCACCUGCCCCAGAGCUUCAGCCUAUACCACCAAGAAGCUGGCCUCCUCCAAGAAGCUUGUCCAGGGGUAGCGCUUGGCCUUUCUGGGGCUUAGGCUCCUUGCAGCCUAGCCCGGGCCCAUCAGGCCCCCUGCCUGCAAAGUCCCAGGUCUUCAGAGCUCCACCACCUGCCACGGAGUUUGGCUCAGCGUGGCCCCGUUCACUGUGGCCACAGUCUGGCCAGGCAGAGAUGAACCUGCUCCCAGCCGUCUUAGAAAAUGAGGAAGAAUUUUUAUCUCAUGACAUACCAGUCCCUCGGGACAGGGCCCCCAGGGCUGAGGCCCCCAACAGAGCAUCUGCUAAAACUCCCUGGACUGCCCUCCAGCGGUUGAAGACCACUGCUGGCAUGGCAGCUGCUGCUGCCACUGCCUAUGCAGCCACUGCCACCUCAGCAGCCCGGAAAGCCGAGGCUGUUGCCAAGGCCAUCAUGGAUGCCCCUGCCACCAAGUUGGCCACUGUAGCAACGGCCGCGGCUGCCUCGGGGCCCUUAGGGGUCUUGGCAGACAUCCUGGGUGCAGGCUCUUCCCGUGGAGCCUUCUCUUUCAGUGAGGAUACAGAGAUAGAAGACUUGCAGGUGUUCGAAGACGACCUCUCUUCCCUGUAUGUUGCUGCUGGCCUCCCUCCCGAAAGCACCCUGUCCCAGGCCAUGCUGGCUGCCCAAAAGGCCUUGACCCCUGAAGACAAGAAGACGGCCGUCAGGUACUCCAUGGGCCACAUAGCCCAGAUGCCCCUGAGACACGACUCCCUCAAAGAAGAGUUUGCCCAGCUGUCGUCCAACCUCCAACAGCGCCUGACUUAUCUAGCUAAUUUGGGAGCUUCUUCCAAGCUUGGGACGACAGUGGACACACUACAGGAAAAGAUUGGGAGCCUCCAGAGAUCCAGAAUGAAGGAAGAGGAACUCGAGAGAAUUUGGGGCCACCAAAUAGAGAUAAUAAAGGAUCACCACCUCGUGCUGGACAGGGCAGUGGAAAAGCUCCAGAUUCGCCUAGAUGACUUAAAGAUUGUCCAUGCUCAAAUUAAAAACCUCGAAAUGCACAAGGUGGACAAAAGUGAGCUGGAGCAGGAGUUGAAAGAGAAAGCUGACAGGAGCACCCUGGCAAGCAAGGCGAGCCGGGCUGACCUGGAGACGGUGGCAACAGAGCUGAACGAGAUGAUUCAGGGCAUGCUCUUCAGGGUCGUGACCCACGAGGAUGACUGGAAGAAGGCUCUGGAGCAGCUGAGCAAGGAUGUGAGCACCAAGCUUGUCCACAGUGAUUUGGACCAUCUGAAGAAGGAUGUGGAUGAGAUCUGGAAAAUAGUCGGGAAGCUCCUGAUCGAAGGCCUCAGAUUUGACCCCGAUAGUGCCGCCGGCUUUAGGAAGAAACUGUUUGAGCGGGUGAAGUGCAUCUCCUGCGACCGGCAGGUGGAGCUGAUGACUGGCCCGCAGCUCAUCACCAUCCGCAAAGGCCACCUGCUGUCGCGGCUGCGGCCAGCCAGCGCCAACACCUAUGAGUACCUGCAGUGGCAACAGCUGAGGGAACAGCGGCGGCUACAGCGUCUCCAGGACCUUGGAGACCAGAACAGGAGUCUGGAUCUGCUGAGGUCCCAGCAGGACUGGGGUGAUGGCCCCGGCAAAGAUACCAACCUCAAGUUCAACUCAUAUGACUUGUCAACACUCUACCCCUACGGGGACCCCGAGAUGUUGGACUAUGACACCGCCGAGGUGGACAUUCUGGGAGUGGAUGGGAUCCUGUACAAGGGCCGAAUGAGCAGCCAGGAUGGGCCACGGCCUCUGACCAGUGUUGAGAAGGAGCUGGCAGCUGUGAAGGUUCCGCACCCCCCAGCUCGGAACCCCUACGAGCGGGAAAGCUCCAGUAGCUUAUAUAGUGCCAUCUACCCGCCCCUGCACCCCCACAGCAGUGUGCGCUCGGCUGCCCCGGGCCCCCUGCCUACGAUGCCAGCUCGGCCUCCGUCGCUGCUGCCCCUGCCACUGCUCCCGCCACUGACACCCUCCCUGCGGGCCGCCCAGCAGGCUCCAGGGCCCGUCCGGCACCCACGGCCCUGAGCCAGCAUGCAGCCCUCCGAGGAGCCCACCAAUCCGUGAGCCCCGCGCGCCGCACCCCUACCUCCCCUCCCCUUCCCUGCCCGAAGAGCCUGGCUCUGAGCCUGGCCUGGGAGCCUCCAUAAGGGACUCCUUUUGACCCACUGGCCAUUUUAACUCUAUGCAUAGAAGUCCACACAAUACAAUCCUCCUUAUCCUACACUUCGUGGAGAACACAGCUUUCUAGAUUGAAUUUUCCAGUAAGCCAACAUAAUUUCUUGACCAGUUUUCAACACACCAGCUAACGUGCUUUUAAAUACAGUCACUUUCCUUUUUAUUUUGCUGAAAUGGCUCCAUCAGAGUCUGUUCCAAUUACAGCUACUGCCCGUGCACGUUUUCGUUGGGGGCUAUUAUUUCUAACAAGACCAAGUUUCUCACGGGAACCAAGUUUUACUGAGUGCAUCCUUUUUUUUAUUUCAUGUUGAUUAUUCCCACCAGUAAUUACGGUUAUGAAUUGGAUAUUUUUAAAACCUGUUUAUAUUUACUUUCUGGCCAGUCCGUGAGGAGCUUAGAGCAGCGGCCCUGGAAUAUUCUGGGACUGCUCUCUCCCACCGAGGGCCGGAAUCGCACAGGCCUGACGUCCUGGGCCCCGUGCUAACGGCCCGUACACUCAGUGGAAGCCACACAGACCAGGCCACAGUGUCCCACUGGCGGGUUAGCGGGCAGCUCCGGAGCGCAGACUGCGCACCUGCCUCUGCCACUGUGCACAGGGCUUGAACCCCCCCUCAGGCAGCUCAUCCUUCCUUCUCCCUCCCGACUCCUCUCCCUCCUCCUUUCCGCUCCCCGGCUCUCUGUGCCCUCUGUGCCUCUGUACUUCUGACAUGUCUACCGCAUUACACAAAGUAAAAAAAACUUCCCUCUGUGUCGCUUUGGGGCACGACUCUCCCUCUCACCAACAUCCACCAGAGGACCCCAGGGCCCCUGAGCGGGUAAGGGAGUUGGGGGGCGGUGUGCUGCCCAGGGGUCCCACGGAGGAGCCGGGGCUGCAGGACGCCCGAGCCUGGCGGCCAUCAGUCUGGGCACACAGCAUGCCGCUCCUUCCUAAUGUUCCCCGGCUCCUUAUCUGUGCCCACUUCCAGACCCUGACUUCUCUUUUCUUUCUUCAAGGACUGCGUCUAAAUGAGGCCAAGCUAUUCCUGGGGCCGACCUAGACCCUGCACCCACCCCCAUGUCACACACAGAUGAGUAUUUUUGGCAACUUCUCCCCAGAAUAAAAUCUUUCACUUUUUUGACUGUGGGUGAGGGUGACUGGCCUGGUGCCCUCUUUAGAGGGUGGUCUUGUCUGUCCCACGUGGGUGGGGGAGACCUGCUGGUCCCUUCUCAGGCCCCCACCCCAGGGUCAGUCUCUCGGAGGCACCGGCCAGAACCACCGUGGCCGAGUCCCAGCAGAGAAUCAAUAGCAAACCUUGCCUCUGCUACAUUUUCCGUCGUGGCAAAAGUCCUAAGGUGCCCUAGCCCUGCAUUCUGGGAAGACAGGGGGGUUGAGGGCAGGGGUGGUGAUGUGACCUGCCCAGGUUUGCUCAGGGAGGCCUUGGCUCUCCAGCCUUCCAGGCAGGGAGGGAGGCGUGGCCCGGGCUCAGGCAAAGCAUCCUGUGCCAGGCUUGUCCCCUGCGGCCCUGGCCCUCAGGCACCCCACACACCCAGGCUCAGACCUUCCUAUCCAUCCCACUGUCCCCUGAAAGCUGCCUCCCCAGCCAUUUCUCAGUUUUACAAAAGGAAUCUGUGCUUCAGCUGGUUCCUGUAGCCCAGGCAUCAAGGAGUGAGGUCCAGGUGGGUCGCCGCAUAACCAUUCAUAACCAUUCACAUUCCAACAGGCUCCUUGGUGUUUCGGAAGGUGGGGACACCAAUGCAGCCAGCCAGGAGCAAUGCCAGAGGACAACAGUCCUGUCUCCCUCAGAGGUUGUGGGGAAAUAAGCUGGCUGGCCUUUGGCCUGGUGGCAGGUGGGAGCUGCAGGGAGAAUGCUCGCCUCUCUAAGGCUGGAGCCUGCAGGAAGCUUCGAGGGCAGGUGUCUCAGAGGGGGAGCCCACCCCAUCCCUGCAGGCAAAGGUGCUUGGGGAGCAGAAAGAAUGAGGAUGGGGUCAGCAGAGUGGGAACCUCACAGGGUCCUGGGCCCAGCCUCCUCCUCUGUCAGGGGGACAUGGCUCCUGGCCUGGGAGGCAGUGGCAGUGCCAGGUUGGGCAAUAAGGUCCCCGUCUGCCUGGGACAGACAGGGACGAGCCGGUCAUGUGGGGAGGGAGGCGCACAGCCUGGCCUGGUGUGGCGCUGCGCAAAUGAGUUGGGCAGGAAGGGGAGAGAGACGCCUCUCGCCAAGCAGAGGGUCCUGCUUUGAGGUGCUGCUGGAAUGGAGUUGCUGAGUGGUGACCCCCCUGCACCCUCAUACGUGGCCCUACAACCCACCAACACAGGUCAAAGGGUCACUGACCAUUUCUCCCUUUCAAAGACCGUGAACUCCUUAACUCUAAGGUAUAAACAACCAAUGACAGCAAUGUGUAUCCUAAACAAGAUGAUCUGCCCUGGGAAAAAUGCACUGCCAGUGCCCAGGACAAGUCACCAGAAGAGGGAAGUUGAGGCACUGGCAGUGGAGGAAAGAGUCCCUCUUUCUGUGACCUCUUACAGACACUAAAAUCAGCGCACACCCGCCUCCCUGGCUGGACCCCUGACUAUCCCCGGUCCUGGGGGGUCUGCGUAGAGAACCACCAAACACAUACCACACACAGAGAGCCAAAGUAAGGCCUUUCUUCUCAGUCCCCCUUCUCCUCUUGCUCAUGGCUUCACCAGGAGCCACAGAAAACCAUUCCAGCAACAUGUGCAGCUGUUGCCCCCCAGAAGCCGAGAAGUGGCCCUGGAAGGCAGAGCAGAACCCCGCCAACAGGCUCCCAGCACCUUGUGCUGAGCCAGUGACACAGCCUCGGCCAUCCUGGGGCUCCCCUAAAGGAGUGCAGUUAUUCUAAGGCUCAUUUGAAACACGUACGUUGCCCAAACAGAAGCUGUGGCUAAGCAACCGAAGACCUUUCCAAACGCAGGAAUUGGAAAUAGCCUUGCCUCAAAAGAUCUCCUUUUGUCCAGCCCAGGCGGCCUCCCCAGCACUGACCCCGGGAAGCAACCAGACUCAAAGCACUCAUCUGUCCUCAGAUGAGUCCUGCUAUAAAGGCCCCUCAGAGGCUUCCAGGCCCAAGGCAGCCCCGCCCACUGCUGGGCUUGGGGGCCAGCCACAAUGUGUUCUCAGAGAACCCUGGAUGGACCCUGGGGACCCUUCAUCCGAGAGAAUCUGGGAGAACAAGCACUUCCCUUCUCGAAGCUGUCUGAAGGAGGAGCCCUGCCUGCCCACAGAAAGCACUUCAGGGUCUCCAUUCAUCCACCAG